GUAACUAGAGCUCACACUCACCCAGCAGCAGCCCAGAAAGUUUUCAGAGCCAAAGAGGAGAUUACAAAAUAACUAAGCCGUUCUCUUUCUGACUGCGAUAGUCAGCAUUCCUAGCGAAACUAGGGAAAUGGGUUAUUAAUGUUGUCCCUUUUAUUUCUGUGCUCAGUUAGAGAUUUACUCCCACCUUGUGUGUUUUUGUAUUUAUGCGGAGUUUACAACACCUUGCCUGAUUUACCACAAUGCAUCUCACGACUGAAGAAACAAUAGAGCUUGGACUCAAUGACCAGGGGACAGACAAUCCUGCAUUUGGGGACAAAGAUGACGAACAGCCACAGCUGACAGCUGAUCCUGGGGAGUCUCACACAGAGGAAACCCUAGAAGAGACAACAGGAAAAAAAAUAGAUUUAGUUUACUCCCUUAAUGACAGGCCACCAUGGUACCUCUGCAUUUUGCUUGGCUUCCAGCAUUACAUUCUUGCUUUCGGUGGCAUCAUUGCAGUUCCACUGAUCUUGGCUGAACCGCUCUGUAUAAAGGACAACAACAUUGCUAAAAGUCAGCUGAUCUCCACCAUAUUCUUUGUGUCAGGAUUGUGUACGCUGCUGCAGACAACUGUUGGAAACAGGUUACCAAUCCUCCAGGGUGGCACAUUCAGUUUCAUCACACCAACCCUGGCAAUUCUUGCAUUACCCAAGUGGCAGUGUCCUGUGCCAAAUGUACCUGUGAAACCAUUGGUGCAGUUUCAUAAUGGCACCAGUCCACUACAAAUGGAAAAUUCAGAUGAGGUCUGGAUGACAAGAAUGCGUGAGAUCCAGGGAGCCAUUCUGGUAUCCUCUCUCCUUCAGCUCACACUAGGCUUAUCUGGGCUGGUGGGCCUUGUGCUAAGAUAUAUUGGUCCUCUGGCUAUCGCUCCCACCAUCAAUCUCAUUGGUCUGUCACUGUUUACUGAGGCUGGAAAGAAGUCUGGAGGCCACUGGGGAAUAGCUGCUCUCACAGUGGGUCUGAUUCUACUGUUCUCCCAAUAUCUCAGCAACGUUGAUGUUCCAAUGGUUUCUUACAAGAAUAAAAAAUGGAUGGUGUUCCAGUAUCCACUCUUCAAGCUGUUCUCUGUUUUGUUUGGCAUGUGUGGUGGCUGGCUUAUCUGUUUCUUGCUGACCAUUUUUGAUGUCCUGCCUUCAAAGUCUGAUAAGUAUGGCUUCUCAGCCAGAACCGACAUAAACCUGGAUGCUGUUACAAACUCUCCAUGGUUCCAUGUGCCUUAUCCUGGUUGGUAGCAGGCUGGUCCUCCAGACUACUGGAAUUCUGAUGAUCAUCCUCGGAAUCUUUGGAAAGUUUGGAGCAAUUUUUAUCACUAUCCCAGAUCCAGUCAUUGGGGGCAUGUUCCUUAUUAUGUUUGGAAUGAUUGCAGCAGUUGGGAUAUCCAACCUCCAGUAUGUGGAUCUUAACUCUUCACGUAACCUCGUCAUCCUGGGCUUUUCAACCUUCAGCGGUCUGGUUCUACCCACCUGGUUUCAAUCCAAUCCUGGCAUCAUUGACACUGGAAUUAAAGAGCUGGACCAAUUGAUUGUAGUGCUUUUUACCACACAUAUGUUCAUCGGUGGAUUUUUUGGAUUCAUACUGGAUAACACCAUUCCAGGUACUGACAAAGAGAGAGGUAUCAAGAGCUGGCAGGACAAGGUGCAAGAUGGAAGCAAAAACAUGCAUGACCAGUCAUGCUAUGAUAUACCUUUCUGCAACAAGGUUUUGAAAAGGUUUAGAUGUUUCCAGUGCCUCCCCUUCCUCCCUUCUUACAAGACCACCCAGUAGUAGGCAACCAUGUAAGGAUGUGGUAGCUCAGUGUGCAAAAUUAAUGUUGGCCUGUUAGCCCCAUUAGAACAAAGAAGUCUUAAUUGGAUGGAAUAUUCUCAAUGACAAAAUAAGUGUACAUGACACUUACCUUAUUUCUUCAGUGCUAUUACGGUUCAUUUUAAACUUCACUGCUGACAGUGUUUUCACAGUGUCACCUUUCUGCUGAAGUUUCAGUUUCCCAUGUUUGUUGAUCUGGUUAAUUAUUUCUAAAGAGUUGAAUCUUUGAAACAAAUAGAAGUGUUUCACAUUACAGAAUUUCAAAUUCACAUUACAGUGUACAUUGGCAUCAAUAGGCAGAGGUCAAGCUGCUGCGGCUUUAAACUGUCAUCGUGCUUCUGAAACUAUCUUUUAGACUGAAAACCCAGUGGAGACAUAAAGCCGCUGAUUCUUUAACAUUAUUAAAAUAAAAUCUAGUUUAAUCUCACUUACCGAAAACAAACACUGAAACAAUAUUUGUGCUAAUUGGUUACUAGUUUGUUUUUAUAUUAUGUUUAAUUAAUUAAUUAUAUGGAUGGUUGCAAUUAAAAUAGCAAUUUAUAGGUAGUGCAUUUAUAAACAUUAGGAUGUUGUUGUUUUUUUUGCAAUAUCGCUGAUGUUUGUGUCCUGCUUCAUUUUCACUGUUUCAUUUUGUUUGAACUUGAACAGGUUGUAUUAAAAUGUGACGAGUUGAGAUUGUUGCUUAUU